AGAACGCUUCGCAGUCCACACACACACCGCUUCAGCACACACACUCACACAAGACACACACGCACACAGAGACACGGCCCGAGGCGCUGCCACACAACACAAGUGGGGCUUUACUACAACCUGGAGAGAGCUGGUCGCGUCCAGGACGCGACCACUUGCUGCCCAUCCCGAUCCCGUGCCGGCGAAUGAAGAGGAGUACCCACCCUUCGCUCCCACAUCCGUCUGCGAGCUCGGACAAGGGACGAACGUCUCUGCUUCUGGAUCGCGCUCCGAUCCAGAUACCGGCUCCCCCCACCUCCUCCACCGCCUCCUCCUCCGCCUCCUCCUCGAUCGCCUUCGUUGCUUCGAACGGACGGGCGCUCGUUAAUUUGAAUCGAGAGUUUUGUUCGGGGUAAUCGAUCAGGGAGAAGUACAUAAGUUUGUUUAUGCCCCUUCAAGCAAAGUAAACAACAACACAAACCUACCCUCUUUGCAAGCGGGAUAGAACACGUGUGCGUUUGUGCAGUAUGCGCAUCCCUAAAAUAUGUUUGAUCAAAUGAAUGCGUUUGUAAGGAUGCGGUGAAUAUUUUAUCUGACGGCAGUGGGGUGGGGGGGGGGGCGAAGUUAGAGCCACGCACGACAGUUUUCAUCGAAGCGCGCACGGGCACAAAUCAGGUCGCGGCUUUCAAAAACGAUUCCAAAGUCACAGAGGCGCACGCGCGGUGCCAACACCGGCUACUUUUGAGAGAAGAAAAAAAAACGACUUUGACGUUCACGAACAUCAACUUGGUUGCGUGUCUAAAUGAUACAAACAAAAAAAGCACGUGCAGUUUGAUUAAAAUCGAUAUCUUCACCUUGCGCAUGGCCGCGUUUCAAUAUCGCAUCUUAUCGCCACGAGGUGGUAUUUGGUGACGCCGAGUGCAGAACGCCGUCCACUUGAUCCCCCAUCGAAAGAUCCAAGCUGCGCGAACUCUCCGAUUCCCGUUCGUGGACACUCGGUGAGUACUCGAGAGUGGCACACCGGUCGGACGUGACCGCAUCUCGUCCCGGAAUCCCAGAGCCUGGUAUCAUGCAGAUUCACGGUCUCAUAUCUCCAUCCCAGGUUCACAUCCAGAGGCCCGGCUAGCCCCAGAGAAAGCGCCGAAUAAGCCGUCGCAUCCCAGCAGCUACGCUCAGGACCGAAUCCCACAAGUCUUCACACGCGGCGGGCCCUCAAGGGUGACAGGGGUGGCCACCGGCCAGGAGGUCCGACCUGGUGGGUCGGUUACAGGGUCGGUCAAGCCCAGGCGGAGGAGAUAGGCAGAGCGAGACGAGUGGCCAUGCAGGAGGAGGACAUCGAAGUGGCUAUCAAGGUGGUGGUGGUCGGGAACGGAUCGGUGGGGAAGUCCAGCAUGAUCCAGCGCUACUGUAAGGGCGUCUUCACCCGGGACUACAAGAAGACCAUCGGCGUGGACUUCUUGGAGAGAGAACUCCGGGUUAACGAUGACGACGACGAGGUGAGGCUCAUGCUGUGGGACACGGCCGGCCAGGAGGAGUUUGACGCCAUCACCAAGGCCUACUACAGAGGCGCGCAGGCGUGCGUGCUGGUGUUCUCCACCGUCGACCGGGACUCCUUCCUCUCCGUGGCCGCGUGGAAGGAGAAGGUCGAGCAGGAGGUGGGAGGCAUCCCCACGGUGCUCGUCCAGAACAAGAUCGACCUCCUGGACGAGGCCGCGGUGCACAGCGACGAAGCCGAAGCGCUGGCGAGGAAGCUGCGGCUGAGGUUUUACAGGACGUCUGUGAAGGAGGACCUCAACGUCAACGAAGUGUUCAAGUACAUCGCCGAGAAGUAUCUGAUAAGGGUGAAGCAACAGAGGGUAGAGGAGCAGAGCCGGCCGGCAUCCAAGGGCAGCCGCAUUGGGAGUAACCCCUUCUCGGCCGUGGGUACCUCGGCUGAGCGCCCACACUGGGCGCAGGCGAACCGCUCCGAUCUCGUGGCGCUGCGGCCCAGCAGACAGCGGGCCAAGCGCAGCCGGGCCACCCUGGGUGGCUGCCGGGUGCUCUGAGCGAUGCUGCCGCCUCUCCCUCAUCCUCCUCGUCAUCAUCGUCAUCAUCCUCCUCCCGAUCCUCAUCCUUGCCCCUGCUCUCUCUUCCUCCAUCCGUCAUCGUCGUCGUCACGGCUGCUGAGCGAGCGACCGUGGGCGUCUGCCGAUGGCUCGCCGCGGGUGCUGGAAGACGCCGUGCGGUUCGGCUGAUCGUGUUGUCGAUAGUGGGUGUGUCGGCUCGGCUGAUCGUGUUGUCGAUAGUGGGUGUGUCGGCUCGGCUGACCGUGUUGUCGAUAGUGCGUGUGUCGGCCAGGGCCGGAUCUAGAGGGAUGGGCAACCCCGGACGGUUUUCAUUCUACUGGCUCAAAACUUCAGAGAGGUCUCGAAAAUAAAUGGAGAAAAAAACGUUAAAAUGAAAAUGUUUACGAAUAAUGGUGAGAUAUUUUGUUGUUAAAUUCACAUUGUCGUUUUAUUACGACGAAUAUAAACCGUGUCUUUAUUACGAGCGCUGCCACGGCGUAAAUGCUUCUCACACCGGACUUUUGCAGCCCAGAGGUCGCCGGUUCGAUCUCCCAGCCCGGCAGCUGAAACUAUGGUGGCAAUUUUAUUAAAUCCCACCAUCCCCCCACCCACCACUGCCUCUGUCCACCCAGGAAUAUAAAUGGCUUCGUGUGGUGGGGUAAAGCGUGGGUUACUCCCCACCUCUUCCAAGAUAUCCGACGAGCGGCCUCUGUAGAGCUACGUCUGUCGUGUAGGGAGGGAGCAGUGCUGUGAGAGAAAGGCAAUAGCUGCGGUGCAACUUUACCGUUGAUCGUUUUUGCAGCAAAGAUUGUGUGGCACGCAGGUUGGUGGCGCAGUGUUAGCAGUCGUGCCUCGCAGAAAUAGGUCUCCCUGGGUUUGAUGUCCGACUCGGGCAUCUUUUUUAACAUGGAGUUUGUAAAUGUUCUAUAUGGGGUUUAUCCCAUAGCUAAACAGAAAACAACCGCACAGUGGAACUGGUGUGGUCCAGUUAGCUGCUGAAAUUUUACCUGCAAAUUACUUAUUUGUGAUUACUCACAGCGGCAACAGGAUCAGAAUCAUCUUUAUUGAUCCUGGGGAAAUAAGAUGAAGCUCUUUUUUACAGAUGUCCAGUCGGGGCGAGUCAGAACGUUACGACACUUAACCCCGACUGUAACAACUUGGCAGGACCCUCCUGAAUGAUAAUCUUGAGACUCAGUGAGGCUUUGCUGGGUAAUAAAUAAAUACAAAUAUUACAAUAAUCAAAAAUAUAAAUUACUUGCUGCUUUAUGAGGUGGUUUUAAUUCAAUCCUUCAAUUGUACCAUAUCUGACAACCGGCAGAAAGGGAUACGUUGUGUGCGCGUGUGUGUGUCUGUGUGCCGUGUGUGUGUCUGUGUGUAUGUGUAAGUGGGGAGCGGUCGUGUAGUAGUGAGCAGAUCUGCGAUGUAAACCCAACAACCCGCGUUCGAUUCCUGCUCACGGCCAACAUCGAUCCGAAACGAUUAUCUGAACCGAUCCUAGUCCUCCGCUGGGUCCACUCAGCCUUUAUCGAGUACCUGGUGCGGUGCGUUAACAUCAGCACUGGGGGAGACAAAGGCGGCCGGGCGUAGGUGCUGGCCACACCACCCCUUCACACGUGUGCCGUACCAGCCUUACUAAUGGGUCUGUUGAAGCUACACGGGGGAUCUUUGUGUGUAUGUGUAAGAAGAGGUGGGGGGGGGGCAUCUGUUCUGCCCUGGUGUUCAUUCCGUGGAGUGGGGAUGACUAAGCCUGGCCCUGGCAGUGACUCUGUGCACUAUCUCUGGGGUGUUGUCGUUUCUUGCAGUACAUGAACAGUAUUUAUUUGACAAAUUUUUCUUGCCAUUGCCUGUGGCAUAUUUUUUGAACAACUAAACUAAAACAAAUACAAGGGGCAUUUUUGAAGUUAACGAAGAGAGAGGAAUAAUAACAAUACUGUAAUGAGAAAAAAAUGAUCGUCUCGGGCGAUUGGGGUUAAUGAAUCGUGAUCGGCCGAUAGAUUGCUGUGGAUCCCGACGCAAUGUUGGCGGCUGGCCCAGGGCUUAAUUACAGCCAAAUAUUCCUGCAACCGGCACACCACAUCCAGUAUACAUCUGACUCAUUAUAAACGUUUUUGGGUUUAGAUCGCGUUAUUUAUAAAUGUGUCGUAAC